AUGUCACCGAACAUCAGACUUCCCGACUCACCAUCUGGAGAGCCACAGAAUGAAUCCAAAGAAAUAUCCGUUCACAACACGCAUGCCCCGACAUCAGGCUUUCAGUCACAUCGAGUUAAUGAUGACACUACGUCGGAUGGCGUUCGACCCACUAGCAACAUCAUAGAAAAGUCAGAACUGCCACCGGUGCAGAAUCAUUCCCAACCACAAUUGACGUCUGAAUAUGAUCUUCACAGAAAUGUCUCCGAGGCUACGGCUCCCGAUGAUCUGGACCAGCGCGCUCCCGCUAGCCGGGUCACGACUGAUGCAGAUGGCAAUACUUAUCCAGAAGGCGGCUUAGACGCCUGGUUAGUCGUUCUAGGCUCAUUCUUGGGUCUUUUCGCCUCUCUCGGCCUGUUGAACAGCAUAGGCUCUUUUCAAGCGUACCUUCAAACCAACCAAUUGAAAGAAUACAGCUCUGGGAGCAUAUCAUGGAUAUUCGGCAUGUAUGCCUUUCUGACUUUCUUUGGUGGUGUCCAGGUUGGGCCCGUUUUUGACGCCAAAGGGCCCAGACUUUUGGUCUUUGGUGGAGCCGUACUGGUAAUGAUAAUGGUGGUGACUAUCGGCUUCUGUACCCAGUACUGGCAUUUUAUGCUGUCAAUUGGGAUUGCUGGGGGGUUAGGAACUUCUAUGAUCUUCACUCCCGCGAUAUCCGCAAUUGGCCACUAUUUCAAUGAGAGGCGUGGAAUAGCAACGGGAAUUGCGUCUACAGGUGGCUCUAUAGGUGGUAUUGCAUUUCCUUUGAUCCUACAGGCGCUGUUCCCUAAGAUCGGAUGGGGAUGGGCCACUCGGGUCGUCGCUUUGAUUUGCCUGAUUUCGUUAAUCGGUUCAUGCUUGUUGGUCAAGUCACGGCUCCCAAAAAAGCCAGCGUCCAAAGAAAACGUUUUGCCAGAUUUUCGUAUCUUCCGAGACGUCAAACUCACGCUCACCACAGCGGGAAUCUUCUUCAUUGAAUGGGGUCUCUUUAUCCCUCUAAGCUACAUAUCCUCAUACGCCUUAGCACACGGCACUUCUGAAACCCUUUCAUACCAGAUGUUGGCAUUUCUCAACGUGGGAUCAUUCUUUGGAAGAGCGAUUCCUGGGUUUUUUGCAGACUAUGCCGGAAGAUUCAACACCCUUAUAGUCACGGUUGCACUAUGUCUCGUCUGCAACGCAUGCCUCUGGCUCCCUGCUGGAGACAACGUGCCUGUGAUAAUUGUGUAUUGUGUGAUCUUCGGUUUUGCUAGCGGCAGCAACAUCAGUCUAACUCCCGUUUGCAUCUCGCAGCUCUGUAAAAUUGAAAACUAUGGGAGAUAUUACGCCACGUCAUAUACGAUUGUGAGCUUUGGCACUUUGACAGGAAUGCCUAUCGCAGGCGAAAUUCUUUCUAGGUGCAACGAAGACUACUGGGGCCUCAUAUCGUAUACGAUAUGUUGCUAUGCUGCAGGCCUUAUCUGUGUGACAGCAGCAAAGCUAAUCCACGUUGGAUGGCGCCAACCAUGGGCGAUAUAUUAG